AUGUUUGCAAGUUAUCAUCCAUUAAAAAAAGUUGAAGAUCCACCUGAAUCAUUUUUAUCUGCUAUUGAAACUUUCUCAAGACUUCAAUUUUAUUCUGAACUGCAAUCUUUAUUAUCUGGAAAAUCCUCUGAUUAUUUUUAUUCAUCAGUUACAGAAAGAUAUACUAAAAUUUCUUUAGUUCCUACUUAUUCUUCAACAUUUUCUAUAAAAUCUGCAUAUUACGAUGUUUUCAAUUUCAAUGAACAUGAUAUUAACAUGAUUAAUCAUGUUCUGGAGACAGCUGCUAUAUAUCAUUCUUUAGCUGAUCGUUGUGUAUCAACUGAAAAUAAUUUAAAAGAUUCUUUAGCUGAUAUCUUUUCACAAAGUAUUGUUGAAUGUGUAUUGAAAAAUUAUCUAGAUGAAUUACCUAAAGAUCCUAUUCCUGAUGAAUUAUUUCAAUUUUCACUUUUAUGGAGAGAUCGACUUAUUUAUUUCAAUCAUGUUCAUCUUGGUUUACAUUCUGAAAUAGGAUUAAAUAUUCUUAAUAAUCUUUAUAAAGAAUAUACUUCAAAAGUUUCACAAACUUGGGAAUCUGAAUCACUAAAAAUGAUUCUUUACAAUUUGUAUAAACGUUUUAUGCUUCAAUUAAAAGAAUGGCUUUUGUAUGGAAAAUUACCGUAUCACAACAAAGAUUGGAUAUUUUACAAAAGACAAGAAACACCAGAUUGUAGGAAAUGGACUGAAUGGAUUUCUCCAAGAACAAAGUUGUUUCCAAUAUCUAUGAAAUAUAUUGUAAGUAUUUUCGAUGAUUUUUUGUCCAUUGGAAAAGCUCAACUUUUUCUUCAAGAAGCAAAUUAUAGGACUAAAUUUAAGGAAAAUGUUCAAAAAAUGAGUGAAUUAUUUGAUGAAUUAAAAGAACCAAGUGUUUUCUAUGAAAUUCAAAGUCGCUAUAAUUUAUGUUGUAUAGCAGAGAAAAUGAAAAGAAUCGCAAAUGAUUAUAUUAUUGAAAGAAUAUUUGAUGAUGAACAUUUAAUGGAUCAUUGGCACAUAAUUAAAGCAUAUUUCUUGUUAACAGAUAUGGAUGUUUGUAGGAAAAUUCUUUCAAAUGUGGAAAACUCUGUUGAAAUAACAUUGGAUCAAAUAAAUUUUGAUUUCUCUAACGUUAUAAAUUCUUGCGAUUUGAUUCGUAAAUCACAUAUUCAACCAUCAUUUACAACAUUUUCAUAUACUAAUCCUCACGCUUCACAAAGAAACACUACUGGAUUUAUUAUACCAAAUUUAAAUUUUGCUACUAUGGAACCAAUUGGUAUUAAUUUUUCAUCUUCAUUAACAAUUUCUAUUGUUAUGGAUGAAAAAACUUUUAAAUCACUUCAAAGAAUUUUUAAAUUAACAUUAUCUUUAUCAGCUGUUUAUUCUGGUUUUGAAGAAAUUAUACCGUUAAUAAGAGAAGGAUUUUUAUCUAUACCAAGAAGUAUGAAUCCUACAAGAGAAGACUAUCCCUUGUAUAGAUUAAUGAUUCAUUUUAAAAGAACUUUUCAUUGGAUAAAUUUAUUUCUUCAUAAAUGCUAUCAUUAUGUUUUUAUUUAUAUUAUUCCUAAACAUACUAAAGAAUUUGAGAAUACAUUGACAUCUCUUGGAUCAAUUGAUUUAAUUAUUAAUGAAAUGAGAUCGUUUUUAAAAAAACUAAGGCACGAUCUUUUUAUGGAUGAAAAAUCAAAGGUAACUAUAUAUUUUAUUAAAUUUAUUAUUUUUAGAAUGUUUUUAUAA